UCAUGUGACCUCGAGGGAGGGGUUCUAUGCAAAAUGGCGUCGCUGCUUCAGUUGGAGAGGGUGUUGUAUUUGGUGCACGGCGAAAAGGACAUUCGGGCGCCGCUGUCUCAGCUCUACUUCUGCCGCUACUGCAGUGAGCUGCGCUCCUUGGAAUGCGUCUCUCACGAGGUCGACUCGCACUACUGUCCCAGCUGUUUGGAGAAUAUGCCGUCAGCUGAAGCAAAGCUGAAGAAGAACAGGUGUGCCAACUGUUUUGACUGCCCGUGCUGCAUGCACACUCUCUCUACCCGUGCCACUAGCAUUCCUGCUCCACUUCCAGAUGACCCGGCCAAAACCACCAUGAAAAAAGCUUAUUACCUGGCUUGUGGAUUUUGCCGCUGGACCUCUAGAGAUGUCGGCAUGGCAGAUAAGUCUGUGGCUAGCGGCGGUUGGCAGGAACCGGAGAACCCGUACACCCAGAGGAUCAACAAACUUUUGGAGUACUACCAGCAACUGGCACAGAAAGAGAAGAUUGAACGUGACCGUAAGAAGCUGGUACGACGCAGAAACUACAUGCCCCUGGCAUUUUCUCAACACACUAUUCAUGUGGCGGACAAGUAUGGUCGUGGUACGAGGCUGCAGCGUCAAAGACCAGGAGUUCCCAUUACACCGCUAUCUGGGCUGACUCUGAAAGAAGGGGAAGAUCAGAAGGAGAUAAAGAUUGAGCCAGCACAGGCGGUGGAUGAAGUGGAGCCUCUCCCUGAAGACUAUUACACCAGGCCCAUUAAUCUAACUGAAGUUACUACCCUGGACCAGCGCCUGCUACAGCCUGACUUUCAACCUAUUUGUGCCUCUCAGCUUCACCCACGCCACAAGCAUCUCCUCAUCAAGCGAUCUCUCCGAUGCCGGAAAUGUGAGCAUAAUCUGAGCAAACCAGAAUUUAACCCCACAUCUAUAAAAUUUAAGAUUCAGCUGGUUGCAGUGAGCUAUGUGCCAGAAGUGAGAAUUAUGUCAAUUCCAAACUUGCGCAACCUGAAGGAGAGCCAGGUUCUGCUUACUCUGACUAACCCUGUAGAGAGCGUCACUCAUGUGACGCUAAUGCCAUGUGAAGAGGGGGAUCCCCAUGACAUCAACAAUACUGCUAAGGUGGUUGUGCCUACAAAGGAGCUGGUCCUGGCUGGCAAAGAUGCAGCUGCAGAGUAUGAUGAGUUGGCAGAGCCACAGGACUUCCAGGAUGAUCCAGAUGUUGUCGCCUUCCGGAAGGCCAAUAAAGUGGGGGUGUUUAUCAAAGUUACCCCUCUGCAAGAGAAAGGAAAAGUGAUUGUAAGCUUUAAGCUUAAGCACGACUUCAGAAACCUUGCCACUCCCAUCAGACCCGCAGAAGACAAUGAGAGCGCCUCUGAGGCUGUGUGGCUGACACAUCAUGUGGAGCUUGACUUGGGGCCUGUUGUACAGACGGCCCCCUAGAAUCUGCAGUGUUUUGUUCAGUAUAGGAACAUGUUUCUGGGGUAUAUGUUCAUCUUUACCUGGAGACUACAUGUGGAGAAAGAGCUACAUAGUGCACUUGUGCUUGGAGGUUGCUGGCUAGCUCUGUCUGUAAGCAGUAAUUGUUGGAAUUCACUACUAGGUCACCCCUGAUCCCCUUAACACUGAAACAAUAGACAAUAUAGCUGUGAAACACAUGACAUGUAUGUUCCGUAUUAUGUACUAGAGAUACACAGUUGGGCAAUUAAGAAUCCUGCUGCGACUCAACCAACUGCUUUCAGCUACAGCCAAAAUGCCAGUUUUGGAUUGACUUGUCUUUAAAUAACUCAGGUCCCUUCAUGUAUUUGUAUUUUGGUUAUAGAAGUUCUGUGCAGAGUA